UAAUAGUCGGUCAAAAUUUAAAAAAUGUCAGUGAUCUUUUAUUUGUCGAUCGGCAUUUUAAGUAUUAUUCUGUUAGUGCUCUUUGACUACGUGAACAAUUUUCAAUUUUAUAAAGAUGGUGACAAAUUGCCUGGGCCGAAGGCUUACCCUAUUAUAGGAAAUGCUCAUUUUUUCCUAGGAAUGGAUGUCAUUGCUGCGCACGAAAAGUUAUUGGAAAUAGCUGAAGAAUAUGCUUCACCAUUCCGAGGGUGGCUGGGCAAUCAAUUAUUUAUUAUAAUCCACGAACCUGAUCAAAUGAAAACUAUCUUGACAAGUCCAAAAAGUAUGGGGAAAGCUUCCCUUUACAGACUCCUUCGGCCUUGGCUCGGUAAUGCAUUGCUUCUUGCUCCAGUUCCAAUGUGGCGUGUUCAUCGUAAAUUAAUUCAACCUGCUUUUAGUCUUCAAAUUCUAAGAAAAUUUGUGCAUAUUUUCGAUAAACAUUCAAAAUCAAUGGUUAAGAAAAUGGAAGAAGAAUUGGAUGGAGGGGAAUUCGAAGUCCGCUCCUAUUUGGUACCUUUUUCUUUGAACGUUGCUUUAGAAGCUUCUAUGGGCUUAUCGGAAACUUUCGACCCCAAAAUGUACGCCGAAUUUGGUGUAUGUGUAGAUAGAGUCUUCGAAUUGAUAAUGCAGCGAGGUUUCAGGCCUUGGUUACAUCCUGAUAAAAUUUUCAAUUUAACCAAAAUGUCCAACGAUUUUUACAGAAGUAUUAAAGGAAUGCACCGCAUAUCACAUACUAUAAUUGCAAAGAAGAAAAAUGAAUUCGAAAAACAUGGUGAAGUUAAAAAGGAUAAAAUUAAGAAUCAAAGAGAAGGGUUCUUGGAAUUACUCUUAGACCUACAAGAUAAACAGAAAUUCUCUGAUCAACAAAUUUGUGACGAGGUGAACUUCAUGGUAAUGGCAGCGUAUGACACAGUGUCAGUUGGUCUUCAGUUUGCAUUGUUGAUGUUGGCACACCACCCUGACGUACAGGAAAAAGUAUAUCAGGAGUUGAAGCAUAUUUACGGUGACGUGAUUCCAGAAAAUGUUUUGAUUACGAUUGAUGACUUAAGAGAAAUGAGAUACACAGAAAGAAUGAUUCAAGAGUCAAUGAGGCUCUUUCCACCCGUAGCAUUCGUUUUACGAAAAGUAGAAGAGGAUCUUGAUGUUGGAGGCUACACAAUGCCGAAAGGUUGUACGGCUUUCUGCUCUAUAGCAAAAAUACAUCGUGAUGAAAAAUAUUGGCCUGAUCCACUGAAAUUUGAUCCUGAUAGAUUUCUUCCAGAAGAAGUCGCGAAACGGAAUCCAUACUGUUAUUUGCCCUUCAGUGGAGGACCAAGAAACUGUAUAGGUUCUCUACAUGCCAUAAUGGAGAUGAAAACUGCUUUAGCGAGAAUUCUUCUUAAAUUUAUUAUAAGGAAGAAGCACAUCGAACCAAUCAAAAACAUUAGGCAAAAAGCGGAAAUCAUAUCUCAUCCACUUAAACCAAUUAAAAUAGAAAUUGUAAGAAGAUUACCAAAGACAUAGAAUGGCUCAAUUCUGUAUGCUCAAAUGGUUUAUGUUCUUCACUUUCAGAUAUUUAUUUUUUGAACUCAAAAUUCUUUAACAAAAUUUCAACAAAACCUGUACCUUAGAUCCCUGUCUUCUAAGGGUCUACAGUUUCUGAAUAUUGUACGUAAUUAAGUAUAAAAUAAUUUAAUCUUAAUUUUAUUUUCUCCACGGGUCUAUAAUAAAUAUUUUCUUAAUAUUGAUUCUUAUUUGUAAAUUGUGAAUAAAUUGCUCUCAAUCUCCGCUGGAAUCCAAACCCAGGUAUUACGGACUGCCAGUCUGAUACUUUUAACCAUUAAGCUACAGAGAGACCAGAUCAACUUCUUGAUAAUAUAAAUCUUGAAAGGCUAAUGCGAUUGGAUUGUGCUUUGGAACAUAAUUUUAUGGAAACAUUAAACAACAUUAAAAAAACGAAACGAAACUUUAAGCCAAACAGCGCACGGAAUGAAAAAAGUCCAGCAUAGAAAUAGGCUGCUUUUUUAAAGCCCUACAAAAUUAUUGUAACAACUUUUUGAAUUUUUUCCAAAAAUCGAAAAUUCAAACUUUGAUCGAACCAAAAAUAAUCAAAAAUCAGACAUUUAUUUGUGCGGUCAAAUUAUGUAGGAUAAGAAUAAAAUUAAGCAAUAAAAAUUGUGCACUCAAAAAAGA